UGCGACGCUUUUGUUCUGCACAUGACAUUCACCGCAUGUCGAAAGUUACAGACCAAGAGCUAGAUUGUGCUGUGUCUGUAGCCGUUUCACAGGUUGGCCCAACUUAUGGUCGCAAGAUGAUGAAAGGAAAGCUUGAAGCUGCAAAUAUUAAAGUUAAUGAAAAGCGCCUUUCAAGGUCACUUCAUAGAGUUGCACCAGAUUAUUGUCAACAAAGAGAACAAAACACAGCAAAGCUAUUGAAUCCAGUGCCAUACAGUGCAGAUUACUUUGGUCACAAACUUCACAUGGAUCAAAAUGAAAAGUUGGUCAUGUAUGGGUGCACGACAGUCUUGGCAGUUGAUGGAUACAGCAGCAUGAUUAUGGCAGCUGCUUCGAUGCCUGUGAAAAAUAAUGUGAAAAUUUAUCGCUCUGUAUUCAGGCCUAUUAUUGAACAAUAUGGUGUAUGGGACCAAGUUCGUGUUAACUGUGGAAAGGAGUUUUAUCUCACUUUGUUUGUGCAACAAAGUUUGUCUGCACAUAGAAGAAACACGCUUCGAAUACCAUACAAACAGACACCAUCUACCAAGAACCACAUGGUUGAACGGCUUUGGGUUGAAGUGAACGGCAGGAUUAAUUACCCAAUCAAAACCCAGUUGAACAGGAUGGCUCAAGAAGAGCUAAUUGAUAUGGUCAACGUUGUUCAUCAGUUCUGCGUAUCUACCAUAGUAAUACAGGUUGUUCAGGCUGGAAUACAAGAGCUCCUCCCAGCAUGGAAUUGUCAUACCAUUCCAGGAAAAGGUAAGCCAGAAGAGCUGAUGAACAACACUUACAGGGGAGUAUGUGUACUUCACGGUACUGAAAUUACCCUUCCUGAGAUUGCUGUUCAACAGUAUGAAAGAAGUAGGGGUCAAAUAAAAAGUUUUGGUAAUUUUGGAACUGAUCCCUUACUGGAAUUUCAACAUCUUCAAAUAAUCAGAGACAAAGAAUUCAAAAGCCGAAACCCUAGUUUUGCUACGAUAUUUAAUGAGAUUGUAAAUACUUACACGUUCGUGCUCUACAUGUGCUAA